AUGAGCCACCGCCGCCGCCGGCCCUCCUCGCCGCCGCAGGUACCGGCGCAUCCGCUGGAGGACGACGCCCUCCUCCACGACAUCUUGCUCCGCCUCCCGCCGCAGCCGCCCUACCUCCUGCGCGCGUCCAUCGUCUCCAAGCGCUGGCGACGCCUCGCCACCGACCCCAAGUUCCUCCGCCGCUUCCGCGUCCACCACGGGAAGCCUCCCCUCCUCGGCGACUUCUCGUACGAAGCAGGACCAUUCGCCUUCAGAUCCACCCUCGACCCGCCCUACCGCAUCCCUCCCCGCCGCCUCUCCCCGCGGCCGGACGGCAGCGGCAGCGAGGGAUGGGCGUGCCUGGACUGCCGCCACGGACGCGUACUCUUCGACGACUGUAGGCGGAGGCGGGUCAUCGUGUGGGACCCCAUCACCGACGACCGCUGCGCCCUAGCCUACCCGCAACAGUUCCGCGACUCCGGGAUUGUGCAAAUCCACAGCGGGGCGGUGCUCUGCGCCGCCGGCGACCAGGGCCACGUGCAUGGCGCCUGCCACUCGAGCCCUUUCAAACUGGUCGGGCUGAGCGCUUGGCACCACAAUGAUGUAGCCAGCAUCUUCGCAAGUGUCUACUCUUCCGAGACUGGCGUAUGGAGUGAUCUCGUAUCAACAACGCUUCCACGGAAGGGUAUAAAUCUUUUGAGUCACAGCGCACUUGUUGGUAACACCCUUCACUGGCUCAUCACCACAAAUAGCAUACUUGAGUUUGAUUUGGUCGCACAGACGUUAGCUGUGACCAAGAGGCCUCUUGGUGCUCCUCCUCGCCAUGACAAUGUUCAGAUCACCCGGUCAGAGGAUGGUGGUGUUGGCUUUGCUGCUUUGACCGGUUCUCGCUAUGACCCUUGCUUGCAAAUGUGGGACAGGAAGGUCGAUUCAGAUGGAGCUGCCACAUGGGUGUUGCGCAAGACUGUUGAACUGCAGAAGAUUCUUGGAUUGGACUCUAUGAUUGAGAAGAAGAAAGCAUCUAUACUGCACUAUUUGGAUGAUGUUCACGCAAUCUUUUUGAGGGUGGAUUCAUCUGUCUACAUGGUCCAGCUUGAGUCAAUGCAGUCCAAGGAACUUUUCAAAAGCAUCCAUAAUUGCAUCUAUCGUCAUUUCACAAGUUUCUGGACCGAAGGUGUCUUUAGCAGUUUGAGGCCGAAGCAGCUUAUCACUCAAUGAUGUGCAGCCUGGAAUGUGACUCUUGUCUAUUAUGUCCAUGUGUCUAUGGCUCUGGCUACAUCUACUGCAGCUGUCUUGCAGAAAUCAUCUAGUAAUAUGUUAACUGUGGUGUAGUACUUUAUCUGUCUGUCUAAUAGUAUGUACUUGUCAACUGAAGCCGGAAAUGUUUGGGUUAAUUCGGUAGUGUUGCCCUUCAUAAUGGAUUGCAAUCCAUCUCCAGUUUGACUUAGUGCUGACGCCAGAUUUUGGUUGCCAAUACCUGGUGUUGACCUCUUAUAUGUUAUACCUUGUCUGUUGUCAGUGCCGUGCUUGCCUUUGUUAGAGAAGGACACGAAUUCCAGGGAGUCCGGGUUGCACACGUGUUUAUCAUUGUUGAUCUUGCUAUUAAUCACACUGGCGUACACGCUUUACUAUUUCACCUUUAGUUGAAGAGUUUGUCCUGUAUGUGACUGCAUGCCUUAAAAAGUAAAAAAAUGUGCACUUGCUGCUUUUUUGCAUUUUCAGUUGUUCAGUCCAUUCUGGU